AUGGCAUCAUCAUCAUCAACAACAACUACUACUACCGCAUCGGUAGUAACAGCAGAACCAAGUCCUCAGUUAAACCAAAUCGUUCAAUCACGUGGUUAUGAACGUGCGGCUUGCAGAUGUUCAUCAGUACUUUAUUCUGGAUCACAAUUACACUCAAAUUUGUUCGGUGGUCAAUAUAGAGGGUCAUCAAACUUUGCUCGACCGUUUGAUGAAUUCCUAGCAGGACCAGGAAAUUCAGAUGAGCACAAUAUAACUGACACGAAACAAGGUGAUAAUAGCAAAUCAUAG